AUGGAGGCGGACGAUUUAUAUUCCCUGAGGAGCGUCUUCAGACUCCCGCUCGGAGUCGAGAUACUCCGGGCGACUUCCCUGUCAACGCAUACCAGAGUUGCCAUCGCCGUCCUCUGCUCGAAUGGUGCUAUACUCGCGUUAUCCGAAUACAAGGGAAAACGACGUGUCAAACAAUGCCAGUCCGACAACACGCAGCAAAUCCUCAUCGAUCCUUCGUGCCAAAAUAUCAUUCUCGUAUCAACCAACGGAAGCCUCCGGGUAUCGGCUCUGAACACGUCCCCCGCUCUGCAAUCCUUCCAAAACGAAGUCAUCUAUGACGCUCAUGUCCGGGCGAGCGCUCUGGUUGAUUCGAUCUGCUGGGAGACAUGCACCGGUGUCUCGAUGGUCAUCCUGGCCUAUGAAAACCGGGAAAUAAUUUUUGUCGAGCUCCCUUCCGGCGACGUACUCUUCCGAAUCCAAUCACCGAUUCCCAUUUGCACUCUGAACGUGUGUCCUACCGAUGCGAAUCACCACAAAAGGACGCUGCUCGUUCAGGGCGAGCACGGUCAGAAAGUCCAUCUGUUCCUCGAGAGCCGUUCCGAUCCACGCAUAGUCUUCCCUCCCGACUCGCGAAGCGUCUUCUUACCGUUGAAUAAGUUCGGACCCGAGAUCUCGAUGGCUGUCCAGGGCGAUUUAGUCCUCACCAUGAAAUCGGAUAAUUCACAGCUUGAGGUAUAUGACGGUGAAUUCCUCUCGGGAAAGCCGAUCCAUGUCGCGAAUCUUCUCCUGAAACAGAUGAAAGCAAAGGUUGACCACGUUAUAUGGAGUCAGGACUUACUAUACUUAACUUCUGGGAGAGACUUCUACUCCAUAUCACAACCAUUCAGCGAUAAUCAUAUCAAACGAAGUACAGCUUCUUCGGUAUUAGGGACCCACGUGUUCCCAACAGAAAUACUCGAUAUACACGCGUCUCUGUAUGAGACUACGGACAUGCUAAGAGCCAAAGAAUCGGGAUGCAGUGCUCACGACACGGUCCCUCCGGCCAUAUAUGUCACGACAAAAGAUGCCAUUCAUGUUCUCUACCCUGUGCAAUCCAUUCAGCGUAAAUUUGUCUCCUUGGCUCUGGGGGCAGGCUCCGAUGGGUACACGGAAUGCGAGAGGUUCGCGAGCCUGUUCCCUCGAUUAUCCUUGCUGAGGCUAUACGAAACCGCAGCUGAGAUCGAGAUCAAGGAGAGGAACUUCACGAAAGCCAUAAGGCUAUAUCAAAAGUCAGAGUGCGCACAGCUGAAACGAGUGUCACAUUUCGUCAGCAGCGGUUCUUUAGCUGAACUCUUAGCUUAUACUCAAGUACUUUUCUCAACACGAGCCCAUGAGCUGCAAUCAAUCGACAAACCUCAUCUCGCUAACUUCGCCGUACUCUGCUUCGUGCAUCAAAUUUUGGAGAAGCACGAUCAACGAGAGGCAAUCAUCAAAGCUUUCAAGACUUUCCUAGUCGACAACGUGUAUUACAGUGAUAUUGUCGUUAUUCGGACAUUGUGCAAUUUCAAGAUAUACUCUCUGUUGAGCUAUUUUGCCCGGUUACGGAAUCAACAGUCAUUGAUGGCGGAGUUCCUCUUCAAGAACCUCCAGGGUGCUUCGGACACCCAGAGCUGCCAAGCCUAUUCUGCGGCCAUUUGGAAACAAGAACAGGAGUCAAUCCAAGAGUGUCUGACGGGCCAUACCGAUAUGCUGUACGCUCUGUGCACAAACCCUACUUUAUUGAGUCGCUUCGUCAAAACGUGUUGCGAUCUCCUACAGAUCUCAGACUGCACCGCAAAACUCGCUGCUGUCUUCGAUCCGUCGAGACUAUCAAACAAACUCGCCAUACGCAAGCUCAUCCUCACUCCUAGGAAUCAACGUUGUGCCAAAUCAGAAUCGUCCCUGAUCUCAAUGGAUUCGCUGGAUGCCUCUCUCGACGAGGACCAGGUUUCCGAACAAGAUAUACUCAAGUUGUUCCUCUUCAUUCUUCUUCUGCUGAACCGUCCUCUGAGCGAUGAAUACCAGCCGGCGCUAUUGCGAGCUUUCGAGUUCCAUCCCCAAUCUGUCCGAGCAAGCACACCGAGCGGCAUCCAUCUCGCGGCAGGUUUAAACUACGCUGGUCUCUGUGCUCGCGGCAAAGCCUACAUGUGGGGAAUUAAUCGAUCCGGAAGGUUCGGACACGGUGAGCCUUCAUAUGACGUCCAGCCCCCGGUGCGGAUAUCCUUCCUCGAUUUGCUCAAGGUCAACGUCACUCAAAUCGCCUGCGGAACGACGCACAGUCUUUUUCUCACUGAUCACGGGGUGUUCGCCAGCGGAGCAUCCAAUCUUGGACAGUUGGGUCUUGGGACCGAAGUCAAACGUACCGUACACCCUCAGCUGAUCGAAUCCCUCCAAGAGCACAAUAUCAAGCAGGUCGCUUGCGGAGCCUAUCAUUCCAUGGCGUUGACACACACCGGAAAAGUUUUCUGCUGGGGCUGGGGAGUGCAUGGCCAACUAGGUCAAGGAUCGACCGAGAAUGAAUUCACGCCGGUACCCGUCAAAGGAUUUCCUGCUCUCGCGACUCAAAUCGGUGCUGGCGGCGCCCAUUCCGUGGUGCUCUGUGCUGACGGGAGAGUCUGCGCUUUCGGAUGCAACACUUUCGGGCAGCUCGGUCUCGGCAACCGAACGAAGUUUUCACGACCUCAGCUCGUCAGACUACCGGCGAGUGUAUCGAUGAUCGCCGUAGGAUUCUUCCAAGUGUACGCCGUCACUACUAAGGCCGUAUAUCGAGUCUAUACCUGGGGCGCGAACCCGCAAACGCUCCGGCUAGAAGCUCACUCGAUGAAGAAGAAGAGACAGCAAAGUGAGUCACGGGGAUUCGAGAACGGCUCCGACCCUCCGGCAGAAGACUACACCAGUCAGGCUUACGUGAGCCCCACAUUACUCUGCGAACUCUCUCAUGGCAUCGCCUCCAUUUCGGCUGGGUACAAUCACAUGGCUCUGGUGACGACCCGAGGGGAAAUCAUGACCGCCGGUCGGAACCCAGAGGGCCAACUGGGCCUCGGUCACCGGAAAGACACGGUGACACCAACCACCGUGUCCGCUCUCUCCCACCGACAGAUCCUGUCUGUCGCGUGCGGGAAAGACUUCACGAUCGCCGUAGACAACACGGGCAGGGUAAUGGCCUGGGGUCAGAACGAGCUCGGACAGCUCGCGCAGAAGACCACGGUCACCCCGAGCAAGGAGAUCGAGCAAACGAGUCGCGUCAUAACGAUUCGGACCAAUCGACGAAUCAUCAAUUAUCCCCAUUCGUUGAAGCAAGGGGAGACGAAGCCCGUGCCAUGCACCGGUCUCCCGCCGGAAAUCUCGCAAGCCAAUAUUCCGAACGUGGACAUUUCCGAAAUGGAAAUCUCACUCCGCCAGAGACUGUCCUUCACGAGUCACACGGAGCGUCUGCUGAGUUGUCCGCCACUGAGCCUCAUGGACCCAAUACCGUUCAUUGGAGGCUCGGCCCUGCACGCGAGCCUCGCGAUAUUCCACUCGUCGUACGACUCGGCGAUGAUGUUGGACCACUGCGACUCGCUCGGGGAUUAUCAGGCAGCGGCGAAGAUCGCGCUUCUCGAAGGCCAGCUCACCACGGCCUGGCGACACCAACUGAAAGCGACGAGAAACUUCAAUAAUCCCAAGCAGGCGCUCCACGAGGUUCUCGACUACUACUGCAGUCGGGUGGAAGUGACAACGAGCAUGGACAGCGUCAAAGAAUUCCUGAGCACCGCAAUAACCUCGUGGGUGGAGUUGCUGUACGACGUCAGGGAAUUAGAAAGCAUCCUGCGGGACCACAUAGACCGCAUUGGUUUGGCUCUGGGACUCGUGUUGUUUUGCGAUGCGAAAGCCGUUGCUCAAGUUUGUCUCGGAGUCGAAGGUGUUGCUGAAAACUUCUCGCCGGACUUCAAUCAGCUCCUCAUGGACAUGGUAGCCGCCGCCAUGAGCUCGCCGGAAGGUGACGCGAUGGCCUGCCAAGGGGCAAUCGAAGUAGCUGGAUGUGGCAAAGUUCUCGAGGAAAUCAGAAAAGAGAGCGUCAUGACACUACCGACUUCGGAUCGAUUCCGGCGGAAAUUGGCUUCACAAGUCAAAGACAAGAUCAAGGAGAAUUCUCUGCCUCCGGCCCCAAUCGUGGUUUCGUCGUUGGAUGCAAAGCGCUUAGCGAGGGCCAACGGAUCUGUGGUCGUAUUCUCGUGUGGACAUCACGUCGCCUCAAGCGAAGUCGACCUUACACCCUUGAGAACUUCGUUUUCUAGAGAACGUUUCGAACGUGUAGCGGCGCUCUACGCAUCUCCCGGGCCCCUGCCUCUUGCUUGUCCAUCUUGUGUUUUGGAUCAGCUGUCUGUCAGUGUCCACGAGGAGGCGUUGUAUGCAACGGCUGCAACCCCUUGA